AUGACAUUUAGGGUUUGGGGUCAAACGAAGUUUCAAGCGGUCGAUCUAUUACUUCAUACGCACGCGCCUCGCCUUAAUAUUUCUUCGAAUCAAUAUGAAAAACAACCAUUUCGUCUUGAAAUUGAUACUAUUGGUCAAUUACAAACACUAAAAUAUCGUUCAUUUAACUCUCCUUCAUUAUCACCGACUGAUGUUCAAGUAGAAGUACAUGCAUCGGCAUUAAAUUUUAGAGAUUUGAUGUUCGCAUUAGGAAUGAUAGAAAAUUCAAUGGGUUUUGAUAGUGAAACAUUGAAAUAUCGCGAACGUCGGGUGAAGCUUGGUUUGGAAUUUAGUGGUAUUGUCACUGAUGUUGGUUUAACAGCUUCACAAACAUUUCAAAUUGGUGAUCUAGUGUUUGUUUAUGCUGGAUUAAUUGUUAAAGCACAGCUGAAAUCAGGCGAAACCGUACUUAUUCAUUCAGCAGCCGGUGGUAUUGGUCAGGCUGCCAUUCAAUUAUCUCAGUAUGUUGGCGCUAAUGUUAUUUGUACCGUUGGUUCCAAUGAAAAACGUGAAUUUUUAAAUAAAACUUACGGAUGUACACAAUUUGCUAAUUCACAUUCAACCGAAGAAUGGAAAUUAGAUGUUCUGAAGCUGACUGACGGUCAAGGAGUUGAUGUUGUAUUGAAUUCAUUAAAAGGUGAUGCAAUUGCAGCUGGUUUAGAAUGUUUGAGAACUGGUGGGCGUUUUAUUGAAAUCGGUAAGGUUGAUAUUCUCAAUCAUUCCAAAUUGGAUAUGAAUUUAUUAUUGCGUGAUUUGAGUUUCCUCAGUGUUCAAAUUGAUAUUUUAAUGCGGAGUGAAACAGAUAAAAUUCAACAAUAUUUACAAGCUGUUAACCAGUUAGCGUCUGAGAAACAUAUUUCACCAAUUGUUGAUCGUGUCUAUGAAUUAAAUGAUACAGAACCGGCAUUUCGUUUUCUGAUGUCUGGCCAACAUAAAGGAAAAUUAAUUUUAAAUAUGCAAAGUAAACCCCCAAAUGUUUAUCCUCCAUCAACUAUCUAUAAUCCAACGGUAUGUUACAUUCUAAGUGGUGGGACGGGAGCAUUAGGUCUGCAAUUAGUCCAACAUAUGAGCACACAUGGUGCUAGACAAUUCAUCUUAUUAUCCCGUCAAGGUAGAACCUCUUUACGAUCGUCUGAUGCUACCAUGCUUGCUCGUCUUGAACGUUUCGGUAUUGAAAUUUACAUUGGGAAAGGUGAUGUAGCCAAACGAGACGAUAUUCAACGUGUCUUGCAAGAAGCUGAAGACUAUUUGUUUAUUUUAUCAUCAACCAAAUACAGUAUUCUUCAUUUGGCAAUGGUUCUUGAUGAUGCACCCAUUUCAAAACUUAAUAUUCAACGUAUAGAAAAUGUAAUGCAAUGUAAAGUACAAGGGGCACUUAAUUUACUUGAAUCAAUUCCUGAUGACAAACUUGAACAUGUUAUAUUCUUUUCAAGUGCUGCUUCAGCAUUUGGUAAUCCAUCACAAGCAAAUUAUAGUGCUGCAAAUACAUUUCUUGAUGCUUAUGCUAAUCAACUUGCAAGGUCGUCACGAAAAAAAGUAAGAGUUCUAAAUUUAGGUCUUAUUGAAGAUGUUGGUAUUCUCGCUGAAGAUUGGAAAUUAAAACAAAUUUUAACAGCAAAAGGUUUUGGUGAAGGUUUGACAUCGAUGGGCGUUGCACAACUUGUUGAUCAUGCAUUUCUAGUUAAUGAUAAUAAUGAAUGUCAAAUGUUAUAUGGGAAUUUCCAGAUAGAAGAUUUUAUUCGUUCAUAUCCAAUAUUAAAAACCCGACUAGAACAUUUAAUUGAUCAUACCAUAUCGAACAGCGACGGUACUGCAGGUUCUUCAUCUAACAGCAAUGAAGUAACUAUAGAGUCCAUCUCCGCAUAUAUUUCAACAUUAUUAGCAACAUCAAAUCUUGAUGUAACUGAAUCAUUGACUGUGCAAGGUGUAGAUUCGCUUUUAGCUGUUGAAUUAAGUGCCGGUUUAAAAAAGAAAUUUGGAUUAGUGAUCAGUCAAUUGGCACUGUUAGGUGGACUGUCUGUAAAACAAAUUGUAGAAUCAGCCUCUCCUUGA